UAAGGAAGUGAUGAUACUAUUACUGAUACAAAAGUCUCGAGGAACAGACAGCUGGAAGCUCGUUUUUCUCUGUCCACUGUCGCCUGUUAGUUUUAUGUUUUUUUCUCGACUGAGUAAACCGGAAUUAGGAAACUGGACUGAAAAAUGAAGUCACCGAAUAAGCGUUUCAUAUUUAUGUGCAGUUUAUUAGCCAUCAGCGCAUGUUCUGGAUUCUACCUUCCGGGUUUAGCGCCAGUCAGUUUUUGUGAGAAAGCUUCGGAAGGAGAUGCAGGGGAAUGCAAGACGGAGAUCCAGAUGUUUGUAAAUAGACUGGACUCUGUGGAAUCAGUCCUGCCUUAUGAGUAUGAUGCGUUUGAUUUAUGCAAAGAUUCAAAUGAAAGAAGGCCUUCAGAGAACCUUGGUCAGGUGUUAUUUGGAGAGAGAAUAGAAACGUCCCCAUACAAGUUUUCUUUCAAUGCCGACAAGACAUGCCUGAAGGUCUGCACUAAAAAGUAUGAGACGUCUGGAAAAGAAGAUAAGCUAAAGUUGGAUUUUCUAAAGAGAGGAAUGGAGCUGAAUUACCAGCACCACUGGAUUUUAGACAACAUGCCUGUAACAUGGUGUUAUAAUAUAGAGGACAAUCAGAAAAUCUGCAAUCCUGGAUUUCCCAUUGGAUGCCUAGUAAACCAAGAAGGAAAGCCAAAAGAUGCCUGUGUUAUCAAUGCUGAAUUCAACAAAAAGAACACUUACUACAUUUUCAACCAUGUGGACAUCACCAUAUCUUACCACAGGGUAGAAGAGAGCGCUGGGAUUGGUGCUCGGCUUGUGGGAGCUACUUUGGAACCUAGAAGUGUCAAACAUAGUAAUACGGAUAAUCCAACAUGUGAAGGACCUCCAAUGGACAUACCAGCAGAAUUCAGCAGUAACCUCGAAGUGACCUACUCCUACUCUGUUAAAUUUAAGCGUAAUGAUGAGAUAAGAUGGGCUUCUCGAUGGGAUUACAUUUUGGUUUCCAUGCCUCACACCAACAUCCAGUGGUUCAGCAUCAUGAACUCACUGGUCAUCGUGCUCUUCCUGUCUGGCAUGGUGGCAAUGAUCAUGCUUAGAACACUUCACAAGGACAUUGCCAAGUACAACCAGAUAGACCAGGCAGACUGGGUUAAGAUCCCUCCAGCUGCAAACAGUACCUACGAAGAUCUCCAUGAGGAGUCUGGGUGGAAGCAGGUACAUGGUGAUGUGUUCAGGCCACCCAGAUUGGGCAUGCUUCUGUCUGUCUUCCUCGGACAGGGCACUCAGAUCUUCAUCAUGACCUUCAUCACCCUUUUCUUGGCCUGUCUGGGCUUCCUGUCUCCUGCCAACAGAGGAGCUCUCAUGACCUGUGCAGUGGUGCUGUGGGUCUUGCUUGGCACACCUGCUGGUUACGUGUCUGCGAGACUUUAUAAGACUUUUGGUGGUGAAAACUGGAAAACCAAUGUUCUCCUCACAGCCUUCUUGUGCCCUGGGAUUGUGUUUGUGGAUUUCUUCUUGAUGAAUCUGAUCCUGUGGGUCGAGGGCUCUUCUGCGGCCAUUCCUUUUGGUACACUAGUGGCCAUAUUGGCACUGUGGUUCGGCAUUUCUGUUCCUCUCACUUUUGCGGGCGCCUACUUUGGCUUCAAAAAACAAGGCAUCGAGCCACCAGUGAGAACAAACCAGAUCCCACGACAAAUUCCCCAGCAGUCCUUCUUCACCAAACCUGUGCCGGGCAUCGUCAUGGGCGGCAUCCUGCCCUUUGGCUGCAUCUUCAUCCAGCUCUUCUUCAUCCUCAACAGCAUAUGGUCUCAUCAGAUGUAUUACAUGUUUGGCUUCCUCUUCCUGGUGUUUAUCAUUUUGCUCAUCACAUGCUCUGAGGCCACUAUCCUGCUUUGCUAUUUCCAUUUAUGUUCAGAGGAUUAUCACUGGUGGUGGCGAUCAUUCCUGACCAGCGGUUUCACAGCCGUCUAUCUGUUCAUCUAUGCAGUGCAUUACUUUUUCUCAAAACUUCAACUCAUAGGGCUCGCAAGCACCAUCCUCUACUUUGGUUACACUAUGAUCAUGGUGCUCAUCUUCUUUAUUUUCACAGGUACUAUAGGGUUCUUCGCCUGCUUCUGGUUUGUAAAUAAGAUUUACAGUGUUCUAAAAGUGGACUAAGAGGAGGAUGACCACAGCAUUAUCUUUUGCUAACCAGCCGUCAAUGAGUAGAUGCCUAAAAAGACGUUAAAAUGAAGGAAAACAUCUUGAAGGAAUCAGAGAACACCCUCGUCUCAUCCUGUUGGUGUGUGACUGUCUGAUAUUAACUGUUUAUUUUCACAUUGACUGACAGUAAGUCAGCGUGUGAUCUCCAAAGACUUUUUACAGUGCUUUAGCUGUUUGAAGUUGUCUUAAUAUGAUUUUAUACUGAAACCCACGUUUUACUGCUGUCAUGAUUUCUUUGUCUGUAAUGACAAGUUGUGACAUUUUACUACAAAGAUUCCUGAUGAUACUUUUAUGUUUCUGUUGUAUAUAAUCUGUUGGGAAAGAUCCUUCGUAGGAUGCACGUUAAAACCACACUCCAUCACCUCUUAUUGGUGUGCAUCAAUAAUUACUGUUGCUGUGUGUCGGUGUCAUUGUUUUGUUAUCUGACUGUCAGAU